AGUAUAGUCGGCUGGCCUAUGCGAACCUCCCCGCAUCGCGCGGGCGCAGAUGGUGUCGCGCGGCCGCAAUCUCGCCAGGUUUUGGUCGUAGCCGGUCACAUUUGGAGCAGCUAGUCAGACGCUACGGGAUCUCGCCAUCAGGACCCCUCCAGAAGCAUUAUCUUUUCAGAAGAGGUAACGUCACCGCCAACAUUCGUGCGCACGUAGACCUCAAGAAGAUCCGCCAAAGCCUCCGCUUCUGCCGCGUGUUCCCUACAAAGCUCUGCGCCGACAUGUCGCAGGAGGCGGUAGACGUCGAGCAGCUGAUCCUGGACUGGGCGUGGCAGCGCGUCGAGAGCUGGCCCAAGUCGGAGAAGAAGCUGCGUAAGCUCGCCUCGAAGCACAUCUCGCCGACGGACAUCAACUGGCGGCACUUUCGCUCGUCGCAGACGACGCUGUGGCACGACGAGCAGCGCGCGCCGGCGCCCAAGUCGCACGUACUCUUCUCGGCGAUCUUCACGAACACGACGCCGGCCGGCGGCGACUCGCAGACGCACAACCUAAAGACGGAGCGCACGACGCGCUCGUCGUGCACCGUCAGCGUCACCAAGGGCAUGACGUACGGCGCCGAAUGCAGCGUCAAGCUGGCGCCGCCGAAUCCGAUCAUCCAGGCGAACGCCGGCUUCAAGGCCGAGUACGUGAUGCAGUCGUCGAACGCGGAGACGUUCGAGGAGCAGCUGACGUGGUCCGUCGACAGCGAGGUGCCUGUGCCCGCCAACACGCAGACGCGCGCCGAGCUCGUGCUCGAGGAGGACGAGUACGUGGGCACCUUCACACAGACGCGCUGCCUCGAGGGCGAGCUACACGUCGCCAUACGCAGCCACAAGGAUCAGUCGCUGCUGGCGACCGUGCACGGCGACGUGUGCGACAUCCUCGACGGCGUCAAGGGCUUUCGCAUCGAGCGCAGCGACGCCGGAGCCGGCAAGGUGUACUUCGAGACGAAGGGCAAGGUGAAGUGCCGCUACGGCAUCAGGCAGCAUUUGAAGAUGAGUCAGAUGCCGAUCGACGCCUGAGAGGAGGUUGUGGGAGCGGUGUCAUGGCAAGGCGAGGAGACGAUGCUGGGAGAGGUGUCAUGGCAACGCAUGGAAAGCUGGGAGCGUUGUCAUGGCAACGCGUGGAAAGGAAGCGUUGUCAUGGUAAAGCGAGGAGAGGAUGCUGGGAGCAUUGUCAUGGCGACACGAGGAGAGAAAUCUGAGAGCGCUGUCAUGGCAACACAAGCAGAGGAAGUUAGGAGCGGUGUCAUGGCACCACAAAGGCGAGGAAGCUGGGAGCGGCGUCAUAACAGCGGGCUGCACGCGUAUGAGCUUCACGUUUAUGCGUUUCCCCGUGAUCAUCAGUGUAUACGCAACAGCAAUAUCUAAGGCGAACUUGUAUCGAAAAAAUGCGCAAAGUCACACGCUUCUACACUUUCGUUAUAUGCAGCAUGUUUUGCCGGCAAUAUGCUCUGCGUAUGUAUGUGUGCGCAAUUGCGUGCCUGUGCGCGCGUAUCCCGCAAUCCCUUGUGCUACUACGUUCUGCUACGUACACGCGAACUUAAAUACUUAGUACCCGCCAGGAACACCGUUGAAAGAAGAUAAUAGCACGUGACGUGAUAGCGCAUGUUGCAUCGUCCUGGCUUUUGCUAAGCAAUGUGGGCCAUCAUUCCGCUUAUGGAACUAACAAUGAAGAUGUGAUGCUACGUACAUUAGCACGAAAUGGGCGCUCGAGGUCUCUGCUAGCUCUCUGUGUCCAACCUCAUUGCAGCCAGGGAGCCCAGCCCGUACGGAAUAACUUGCCGCGGGAUGUGAAUUAACACUGCAACCAUCAUACACGGGAAGAGAUGGCAGGUGAUACACUUUUAAGGUGAGCACACACUUACCUCAUGAAGCAGGGACUAACCGAUUCCAUAUAUUGAUGAUAACGCAGCUAGAACUAAUAAAUAUGUCAUCAAAUUAAACGUACAUUAAAAUAUACGGCUGCGUUUUGUAUUUCUGAUAAUUAAUGGCUGUAUAGGAUAUGUGUGUGUUAACGCUGGUAUUGGAAUUGUUAACCAUUUUAUAUAAUCAUAGAAACAAUUUUAAUCUCAUAAAAAAUUGAAGUCGCACUGCUAUUGCUAUUAUCAUUAUUUUUACAUUAAUAAUUAUUUUCAUCAUCAUCAUGAUCAUCAUCAUGAUCGUAGUCGUAGUCGUCGAUGUCAGCACCAUCAUCGUCACCAUCAUUAUCAUCAACAUUAUCAUUGCAAUUGUCAUACCAUAACCAAUAUAGCUUGGUAAAUUUUCAACCUUAAAAAAUCCAAGCAGCAGAAGUCAAACAAUAAAGCAAUAAUAUUUUACUGGUAAA